AUGGAGGUGGAGGAAGCGUUCCAGGUGGUGGGAGAGAUGGGCAUCUACCAGAUGUACCUGUGCUUCCUGCUGGCCGUGCUGCUGCAGUGGUUCUUAAUUGCCAACAAGUCAUACAAAGUGAGUGUGGCCAGCUCAUUUUUCUUCAGCGGUGUGUUUGUGGGAGUGAUAUCCUUUGGCCAACUUUCUGAUCGGCUGGGGAGGAAAAAGGUCUAUCUAACAGGUUUUGCCCUUGACAUCCUGUUUGCCAUCGCAAAUGGAUUUUCCCCUUCCUAUGAGUUCUUCGCCAUAUCUCGAUUCCUAGUAGGAGUGAUGAAUGGAGGGAUGUCACUGGUGUCUUUUGUUUUGUUGAAUGAAUGCCUGGGCACUGCCUAUUGGGCACUAGCAGGAUCCAUCGGGGGGCUGUUUUUUGCAGUGGGAAUUGCCCAGUACGCCCUGCUAGGAUACUUCAUUCGCUCCUGGAGAACGCUUGCAGUUGUGGUUAACCUACAAGGAACGGUGGUCUUUCUCUUGUCAUUAUUCAUUCCCGAGUCUCCCCGAUGGUUAUACUCUCAGGGCAGACUACAGGAAGCAGAAGAUGCUCUCUACCUCAUUGCCAGCAGGAACCGGAAGCUCAAAUGCACUUUUUCCCUGAUGCCUGCAGGAGAGGGGAUCUCCAAAGAGACCGGCAGUUUCCUGGACCUGUUCCGCUACAGGAUCCUCUUGGGGCACACUCUGACCAUGAUGUUCAUCUGGUUUGUAUGCAGCUUGGUUUAUUAUGGCCUAACCCUCAGCGCCGGAGAUCUGGGUGGAAAUAUUUAUGCCAACCUGGCCCUAUCAGGGCUGGUAGAGAUUCCCUCAUAUCCAAUCUGUAUCUAUUUGAUUAACCACAAGUGGUUUGGGCGCAAGCGGACAUUAGCAGUUUUUCUGUGCCUUGGAGGACUGGCCUGUCUUAUUGUCAUGUUUCUUCCUGAAAAAAAAGACACAGGUGUGUUUGCAGUGGUGAAUAGCCGUUCUUUGUCUUUGUUAGGGAAACUCACCAUCAGUGCUGCUUUUAACAUUAUUUACAUCUAUACAUCGGAGCUUUAUCCAACGGUCAUCAGGAAUGUUGGACUAGGCAUGUGUUCGAUGUUUUCCCGAGUUGGUGGGAUUAUUGCACCGUUCAUUCCCUCACUGAAAUAUGUGCAGUGGUCUUUACCUUUCAUCGUAUUUGGGGUGGCUGGCUUGUCCUCUGGGCUCCUCAGUCUAUUGUUGCCAGAAACCCUAAACAGACCUUUACUGGAAACACUAUCUGAUCUCCAGGUGUAUUCAUAUCGGAGGCUGGGAGAUGAAGCAUUAUCUCUGCAAGUACUGGAUCACACACUGUCUGAAGACAAGGAGAGCCCAGUUGACAGUGAAAGUUAUGAAGAAGAGUUCUAUGAUGCUGAUGAAGAGACUCAGAUGAUCAAAUGAGGAGAAUCAAGUUCUUUUCCAUAGUCCUCAAACCAUCUUUCAUGCCUCCGGCUUCAGACAGAUUUCAUAGUGAACCCAGAAAAGAGCAGUAAACAGCAGUAGGAUGAAGGUAGACAGUGCUCUUCUCGACUCUGAAAUCUCCUU